ACAGGCCCCGGGUUGGUUAGAAAGUAAAAGGGGGGUGAAUAUUUAGUGGGAAGCGUCUGCUGUGUCCCCUCAUUAUUAUUCUCCCCUCAGAGUCAGGGACUCACUGCAGCUCCUCUCACUACAAUAGGGGACCCUCCUGCUAAACUCCCCCUGCAGCCCACCAGUUACAUCACCUGCACCCACUUUCCUUCCUCGGGAUUCACAGGGGGAGAGACUUUAUAUUUUCCCUUUUCUCACUUAAUUUUGAGCUUUGAAGAGUUUUGUAGAAUUUUGGAUUUUUCGUCUCCAUUUGGAUUUCUCCCAGAAACUGAAUUUCUGCCCCCGAGACAACAUGGACCUGAGCAAGUUGUGUGCUGGCGGCUUGUGGAUGUGCUUUCUGCUGGGGGUUACAGAGGCCCAGGGCUUCAUGAUAAGGAAUGUCCAGCUGGAGAAAUGCAUCCGUCUGGAUCAGGACAGUGGGCAGGUCUCCAUAGCUAAGUGCAAGCAUACAAGCAAGCACCACUCACUACACCAGCAGUGGUGUUGGGACCCUGAGAAAAGCUUUAUACUGAGUGUAAAAAGCAAUGAAUGUCUAACCGUCCCAGAAAUACAAGAGUUCUCCACCCUGAAAAUGGAGCCUUGUGAAAGCAAAGAGAGUCAAGCCUGGACCCUGGAUAAAAUGGGCCACUUGAUUCUCCAGCCCCACGGACUCUAUUUAACCGCAAAGUCCAAGAAGGUAUUUGUGUCCAAGGGCAAGAAUAAGUUCAGCAUAUGGAAGAUACCAUUGGAUGCUCCAGUCUGCAAGAGCUUCAUGAAACCUUCUGAGCCCACUGAGCUCAGCAAGACUCAAGAAAUGGACACCAUCACACAACUGCCACAUGAAGUUAAAUAUGACAGCACCAGAGCAGAAGUAAGGAGGUUCCCUUCGAGCCCUGACCUAAUCCAGACCAGUUACACCACUCAGUCUCCUGGGCAUACCACUACACUGAAUUCUACUGACACUUGGAAGUUCUCUCCAAGACACAAUGGUGAAGUUGGGCAGCAGUUGGUCAGCGGCAGGGAAAACACGGUGGAGACACAGUAUCAGUACAGACAGGGAAAUAACAACUGGAAGGUAGCCAUGUUGGUCCUGAGCCCACUGACCUUCAUCCUGGGGAUGAUCAUUUUGGCAAUGAAUGUCCGCAUGAACAAAAAGAGGAAACUCCAAUCCCAUUACCCCAAACCCAUCCAUAAACUGGCUUCCGCUCAUGAGCAGUGUCCCCUCACAGCAUCAGGAGGUACGACAGGCUGCUCGAGACAAGGUUCUCCAACCAUGAAACACGGGGAGAUCCUGAUUGAAUGGAAGGACGGUACAAUCACCCCUCUGUUUGACCAGCAAACAAUAUGACUGGAUGCUCCUCAGGGGCAAAACCUAACUCCACCCAUUCCUUCCUUGUGCAUCAUUAUUAACUGCAGCUUCCAACAAAGGCAAAAUAUUAGGAGUCUUAGUCAAUUUUAAUUGAGGGCAUUGUCUUGGUGAUUGUGGUGGGCACGGUAGACCCCAGAAAUAAUCAAUAUUAUUCUAAUGACUGGAAUCCUUGGGAUAUAACCCAACGGGCUUCUUUUCUAUCCUGACAGUAAGUUGGCCUACUCCAGCUACAUUGGCUGCUCCAACAGAAUUCAGUGGCUCUGGGGGGGGGCUACACAUGGAUUUCAAUUAUUUUUCUACAGAGUCUUUAUUCCCAAAAAUCUCAAGCACAUGGGAGUGGGAUCCAAACAUGUGGAGGCCAUUGACCAAGAACAAUAUGAAUGGAGAGCGUAGCCCAAGAAAUAAAAUGGAAUGGAAACCCUCAAAACAAAUUCAUGCACAUUUGCUCUUCUGAGCAUGUUUUUUUCUAGUUUUCAAGAUAUUAGCAUUUCUAAAUGAUGAAGCUCCACCUGCUGGCUGUUCUGGGCAUAACAUGCGGGUGAUCCAUGUUGCCUUAGAAAGUUUAAAAACUGUUGGAAA